AAGACGCUUCAGCUUCAGCUUCAGCCAUCACUAUGCUGUACUUAGGACUGAGCUGUUUGCUGCUUCAUGUGUUUGUGGUGUUUGGGACCGAGCUCACGUUUGAGCUCCCUGACAACGAUAAACAGUGUUUCUACGAGGAACUAGAGAAAGACGUGAAGUUUGACAUAGACUUCCAAGUGAUUUCAGGAGGGAACUAUGAUGUGGACUGUUUUGUCACAGAUCCUCAAAACAACGUGUUAUAUAACGAGAAAAAGAAGCAGUAUGACAGCUUCUCUCACACCACAGCUAUGAAGGGAAUCUACAAAGUCUGCUUUAGCAAUGAAUUCUCCACUUUUACACACAAAAUUGUGUACCUGGAGUUCCGACAUGGUGAUGAGGAUCCUCUCCUGCCGGGCAUGACAAGAACCACAGCGCUGACUCAGCUGGAGUCGACAUGCGUCUCCAUUCAUGAGAUCCUGAAGGUGGUGGCUGAUUCCCAGACGUGGUACAGGCUACGAGAGGCACAUGACCGCACUAAGGCAGAGCACCUCUUAGAGCGGGUCACCUUCUGGUCAGUUGGAGAAACUGUCCUGCUGUUUGUCAUCGGCAUCGGUCAAGUCAUGUUGCUUAGGAGCUUCUUCACCGAUAAGAAAGGCUCUGUGGCAGCGAUGACUUGAAGGCAGUAGAAGCCUGAUGUGAACGCAGCAGUGCAUCUGGAGAUUAGCACACAUCUUGUAGUAUUUUCAGUGAACCCUUUGUUAAAGGGAUAUUUCAUGUAAUUGUCUUAUUUCUUCUAGCUUAUUCAGUGUGAAUACUAUUUUUGUUUUGUUCUUGACAUAUAUAAAUAUGAAAAGAAACACCACUCAUCAUACUUUUUGUUGAAAAUGAUAUUGACAUUGUUAAAUCUUACACAGAUUAUUUAUUUUAUUUUUUAUAGAGGUCUGAUAAAGCAGUUUCAGUUACAUCUACAGUGUCUGUUCAUGACCCAGAUUGCCUUAGGACUGGAUUUUCCUCUUGAUGCCCAGCAUUUACAGUGAAAGCUGUGGCAAGCAAGCAGAAACCAAAGAACUGGUGUUUGUGAUUGUUAGUUUUAUGUGUUUUAUAGUGUUUAGUUUGAUAUUAGAAUCUUAAUUUAUGUGCUAUAGUUUUUCCCAUCCAGGCAGGGUUUUUCUCUCCCAUCAAAAA